CAGGUAGUGACUUUUAAAGACUUUGAGCAAGGUGGAUAGAUAUUGCGCCAUGGCGAGCAUGCAGCUACAGGACAUCCGAGAAAUGGGAGAGGCCAUGACUCGAGCGAGGGAGUUGUGUCUGGAAGCACAGUACGAAAAGGGCUUGGAGCUGUACCGUACAACUCUGCAGAAGCUGACUCAAUUCAUCCGUCGAAUAACCAAGAUGUCGGAGCGUCAGCCGUGGCUGCAGAUGCAGAUUGAGCUGGAGAGUGAGUUGAACCUCAUUACGGACUAUGUCGAGCUUACCCAGGCUUUCAAGACACCACCUGACGCAGCUAAAGCGCGAAUCCACCCCAAAACACCGCACCAGGGAGUCUCAGCUUCUCCGCACUGGGAGAUUUAUGCUCCACCUGAUCCACGACGCCCAAAUCCUAGUAUCGAAGAUGCAAAAGAUCCUGAUGUGUGGGCGCCUCCGACACCGGAAAAGAUUCCAAACAGGUUUCAUGGAGGUGCUCCUGCUCAUGCUGCGCCAUCGUGGGCGAAUGACAACGGCAACAAUAACAAUCACCGCAAUAAUCGAGCGGUUAGAAAGUCAUCCGCGGGAUCUAGAGCUGUACCUUCAGGAAGACGUACACCCGGAGAUGACCAACGUCGACAAGGGCCACGUCGAGCAGGAGGUAAACCUGCACAAGGUCCAUCUCCAGCCAGACAAAGCAAGGAUGGAGGACUGAAGGCCGCUAGAAAAGAGAAUGAAAAGGCAAGAGAACGUGCAGGCGGCAGUGAGAAGCCCAAGUACUCGGACAAAGCAAAAGAAGAAGGAUGGGUGGACUUGGAGCUUAUUGAGAUGAUCGAGCGCGAUAUCGUAGACUCGGGACCAGCGGUCACCUUUGAGCAGAUUGCAGGGUUGGAGCACACUAAGGAGCUUUUACAGGAAUCCGUCAUGUUGCCUCAGAUCGCCCCUCAUCUCUUCAAGGACGGUCUUCUAAAACCAUGCAACGGUGUCCUCAUGUUCGGCCCACCCGGUACCGGUAAAACGCUACUAGCAAAGGCUGUAGCUAAUGUGUGCAAGUCCACGUUCUUUAACGUGUCGGCGUCCACUCUCGCUUCAAAGUAUCGAGGUGAGUCGGAGCGCAUGGUGCGGAUCCUCUUCGACAUGGCACGAUAUUACUCGCCAUCGAUUAUAUUCAUGGACGAGAUCGAUGCCAUUGCUGGUGUGCGUGGUGGUGCGCAGGAACACGAAUCGAGUCGCCGGGUGAAAACCGAAUUGCUCGUUCAAAUCAAUGGAGUAUCCUCGGGGGACCCUGCAGACCCUGGCAACCGCGUGAUGGUUCUUGCCGCUACCAACCUACCUUGGGAACUGGAUGAAGCUAUGCGACGUCGCCUUACUAAGCGAGUCUAUAUCCCACUACCAGAAGCUGAAGGACGCUUACAGCUCUUCAAGAUUAACCUGGAGAAGGUGGAUGUGGCUUCUGAUGUCAAUUUUGACAAGCUCGUUGCUGCAACCGAGGGCUAUAGCGGUGACGAUAUCUGCGGACUGUGUGAUACCGCAAAGAUGAUGCCAGUAAAGCGUCUAUACACACCCGAGGUUCUCAAGGACUUGCAACGCAAACAAAUGGAAGGAGCGUCCGAUGAGGAGCUUCAAGCACACGAGAAAAAUGCGUUGGAAGUCACGUGGGCGGACUUCCAGACAGCGCUUGAAAACGUAUCGAAGUCUGUCGGUAAGGACCAACUGGAGCGAUUCGUCAAGUGGGAAGAAGAGUUCGGAUCCAAGUGA